UCAAACUUCUUGACGAAUAAUUAUGUAAAGAAUUCAAAAAUUGGUGGCAAUUGGUUAACGGUUAAUGGUUAUUAUCUGUUAGUUUACAUUUCAUACUUAAGGUAAAUUAAUUUUUAGUAAGAAUGACUGCACAAGGAUCACCUGCUAAAAUGAAGGAAUUACGUUUACCUAUAUCAAGGGUGAAAACAAUUAUGAAAAGUUCUCCUUACGUCGAUACAAUCGGUCAAGAUGGAUUAUAUUUAGUCACAAAAGCUACGGAACUAUUUAUACAUUAUCUAACGGAAGAGGCACAUUUGCAAAGCAACAAAGGAAAUUUUUUAGACUACAAACAUCUAGCAGAAGUGGUACAAACAAAUGAUACAUUGGAAUUUCUCAGGGAAAUAAUGCCCAGAAAGAUAACAGUGAGACAAUUCAAAGAAAUGAUGGCUGCCAAGAAUUCACAUAGCAGUUCAUCAGAAAAUAGUUCAGACUCUGACAGUGAUAGUGAAUCAGACACAGAUUCUUGUUCUGAUAGUGAUGGUAGAAAAGCAGAUGAUAACUCGUCAAAUAGUGAACAAGAAAGUAUAGAGAAAGAAAAUGGAAAAUGUGAUUCCAUUAGUGACAAAAGUGAAGCAAGUGAAAAAAGUGACAGUGAGGAUGAAACUAAGAGAUAAAAAAAAACAA